AUGGAUUACCUACAACAAGAACCCAACAGUAAACGAAUCCACUGCGUCGCGUGCUCUUCGUAUUUCGAGGCAAAAGAAAGGAAUCGGCAUGUUAUGCGCGACGCCCACAUAGCCGCAGUAGACCGAAUGAGAAGCCGUGAACGUACUGGUUUCGCGCCAAUCAUCUCCGAAACAUUAUCUUGGCCCCAUGCAGCAAUACCAUCCCGCUCCGAUACGCACUAUCCAUCCAGUUCCACUCCUGUUAAUCUCGAUGACCACGAUGGUGGACGAUCCUACGAUAUGCCUGAGCAUGACUCUGCUGGUUCCGCUGCUAUCGUGGAGCAGCCAUCAUCAUCAACUCUCGAAGGCUCAUCGCGGGAUGCUGGUUAUGAUACCGAGGGCGAUCAGCGCGGUGCAGAGCACGGCGCCGUCUUGUCGAAUGAGAUAUUUCCUAUCCUUAGGGAUGGCCUCCGCGACUCAGGCAGCUCGGAGGAGAAUCUUUACCGGUUUUCGUCGCUCUGGACUGGCUUGUCUGGCAGUAGCGAGCCCGUGCAGUUGAACACCGGGAGUAUUGGUGCUUAUGAGUAUCGUGUUGUUGAAGACUCGUCUGAAGCUCUCGGUGAGGACGAAUACGCAGAACUGGACAGACAGAUGCUGCAAUCCGAUACGCGCCAUGAAGAUGGUGGCAAUACGAAGUCAACUUUGCCACUUCCGGGCAGCAAGUCGUACCCCUUCCCUUCCAAAGCGGUAUUUCUUACCCAAGCACUAUUCAGUUCAUCUCAUGUACGGUUCUCGGAAGCCCAGAAGCGCGCGAUCUUGGAUUGGGGCGAUGCAAUGGGUGCUGUUAAUGUGCCGACGAUGCAUGCUUUGGAUCGAUGCGAGAAGCAGAUCCAGAGCUUGUUGGGGAUGCCGACAGAGCAGGUUCCGUGCGCUCAGACAGGGUCAGUGCUGUACCGCAAUGGGCUCGAUCAUGCUAUUGCCAAAGAUUUCGCAAAUCCUAUUGUGCGUCAGUCCAUGAUCGAGUAUUCGGUCGACCGCGGAAAGGCCUUGUCGCAGGUGCAUGACGCCGAUAAGCUACUUCACGGCUCCCACGAGCAUACGCAGCCAUGCGUAAAGGUGAUGGGGAAGACAUUCUAUGUAGGAGAACUUGUAAGACUCGCGGGCGGGUCGUAUUGUAUUCCCGAGCGAUUCUUCCAUGCAUCGCCAGAAGAGCAUCCUGCCGACAGCGACCCACGGACUUGGGAGAUAUAUGCACUAGGCUGGGAAGUUACCCUGACAGAUAUGGGCUACGUCGUACAUGAUGAGCGCGAGCGUGUCUUUUACGAGACAUCCUCCUUUGUAGAUACCAUUGAGGAUCUGUGUGCCAAGCUUCCUGAAAACGCAUCGCCGACCUUUGCUCCACAAUCUACUCGUUACGCCGUCCAUAUGCCACACCGAAUGCGUAAGCUCGCCGGAAAGCGGAUGGUUUAUACAGUACCCAUUAUAUCCUUCAUCGAUGAUGUCUCGGCGAACAUCUCAAAGCAGUGGAAUAAAAACCACGUUGCAUACGCCUCCAAUGCCCUUCUACCACGAGAAAUGCUAGACAAGGCUUUCAACAUUCACUUUGUAUCAUCGUCUCCGACCGCCUCUCCGACAGAAAUCGCCAAUGCUGUAAAGAUGUCACUCGAAGAGUCUAGCCGUGAAGGGGUUGUUGCAUACGAUUGCAAGUACGACGAAGAGGUCCUUCUCUUUCCGUACCUUCUUUGUAAGGCCGGCGAUAAUCCCAUGCUCGCCGAACUCUCAAGUCAUGGCGGCCUUCGGUGCAAUCGACCCUGUCGAACUUGUGAUACUGGGGGAACGAAUGCUCAUAAGCGCACGGCCCAAGGCUAUGCUGAUCUCCUGAAGGAGGGCAACUUGCGCUCGCCUGAGGAGACACGGGCUGAAGUUCUUCGUCAACUGAAUCAUGCCACACGGGUUGGUGGAAGAGCGUCAAUCAAGCGUGCUGUUGAAGCUACAGGUGUACACGAUGCUGCAUCGGAUGCCCUGGGCACCCGUCUACUCAAGCUGGGUCGUGACUUGUUGGGUUCUUCCAGCAGGACAAACACGAAGAAGCAGGCCACGGUGAUGGAAACACUCGGACCUGGUGCACCAGGCGCCGACUCAGCCUCUGAGGCGGAUAUCGCAGAAGAUGAUAAGGGUUCUGAAGCGUCGGACGAUAGCGAGCGAGAGGUCAGAGGCAGGGAUGAGGGGAAGGAUAGGGAUGAGGGGAUGAGUGAGAGUGAUAGGGAAGAACAAGGGGCUGAUCGAGGUGGAAGUGGAGGUCCGAAAGGCGUUGAGAGUACCAGUGGUGACUUAUCGAGAGAAGAUAUCGAAGAGCGGCUUGCACGCGAGCUUGAGAGGAAGAUCAUCGACGACGAGAUCAACCCGCUGCUUGGGAUCGUCGGAUUUGAUGUGCACAGAGAUACACCCACGGAGAUAUUGCACACCAUUCUCCUUGGUGUAGUCAAGUACUUUUGGGGACAAACCAUGUUUAUCCUCAAGAAGGCAUCGAAUACGGCGGAGCUCGCGCUCUUCAGAGCCCGUUUGCAUUCACUCUGCGACGAUGGCUUGAACUUACCUCUUCACUUGUCUGCUGAUUAUCUCUGUCAGUUCAGCGGCAGCCUUAUCGGGAAGCACAUGAAGAGCCUUGCACAGGUCAUGCCUUUCUUGAUAUGUGAUCUUGUCGACGACAAGCUCCUUCAUGCAUGGAAUGUAAUCGGUAAUCUGGUAGUGCUUCUUUGGCACACUGCGAUCGAUGACAAGGAGGUCUAUCUUGCUGAGUUGUCGCGAACGAUCGACGACUUCCUCAACUUGUCUGCUCAAUGCUCGCCGUCAAUAUUGAUCACGAAACCCAAGUUUCAUUUUCUUGUACAUCUUCCCAUGUUCAUCCGUCGCUUUGGGCCGGCAAUCCUCUUUUCCACUGAGCGAUACGAGUCCUUCAACCGUAUAUUCCGCCUCACAUGUAUCUUCAGCAAUCGUCGAGCCCCGAGCCGUGAUUCAUGUCGAGCAUUCGCGUCGUUCGACAAUAUGAAGCACAUCCUCUCCGGAGGGUUCUGGAAAGAUGAUCGUGCAACAGACCGAGGUGGAUGGGUGCAUGCCGGUCCCAACGUCGCUGGAUAUCUUGACCAGCACCCGAAGAUCCGUGAUCUCUUGAAUAUCCCUCGUCGACAUGAGAAUGGCAAUUGUGCUGGCGACAUGCGCCUGCUCCAGUCCGAACAUCGUUCGGCUGAUGGAUCUGCAGCAUCCAAACCAUUGCCUUCUCCGAUUCCAUGGAGCAAAACGGUAGCAUCAGGUGUCUCUCGAUCUGAUGAUAUAGGGCCUCUCACACAACCAGGAGAGCUAUUCUACAAGGGAUCGGCUGUGCGAGUCAAUGGCGGGGACAUUGUGCGACCGGAGUCAACAGCUAUCAUAGACUCUGCAUCUGAGCCUCACAAUGCUCGCCUGCGCUUUGUCAAAAUCGUUGAACUCCUGAGCAAAGCGGUGCAACGCCAUUUGACAUCGCUCGUAACUGUCCAGUAUUAUCGCUUUCUAGACGUGCUUCAUCCCAAACUCGACUUACCCUGCAUGGAACUGACAUCCGAGAAGGGAAUCGUCAAUCUAGAUGCCAUCCGCUGUAUCGUGAAUGUCCAACACGACUGUGAACGCGGUGGCUGCAACUCGGCAACCCGCGACAUCUCAGUUCCACAGGAGUACCAGACCAUGGGGAAGACAAGACAAGUCCUCGUGCACAAAAACCACGACUUCGUCGUUCUGAACUGUCAUUCCAUACACAAUCAUCGGCUCAUCAUGCACGCGACACCUUCUCACUUAUUGCGGAAGCCUAAUUACGCCCCUGAGCGGGAGCCUAUCAUCCUCGAUGCCAUACAGCACAUGGUCACUGCAACACGGCGGAAGAAGAACAAGGCAGUGGACAGCGGCGAGGUUGUCGUGGAGGAGAAUUCAGGCGAUCCAACUCUCGAACCAUUGUUCGAUCGCAUACCUGUGCGGAGUAAGAAGUCAGCGCAGAAUACGGCUGGUCAAAAAAAGAGAAAGCGCGACACCGACGCCGAGCUUGAGUCCAUUGCCCAUGUUAUCGGCAUUGAGACCCUGCACGAGCUCGAUCAGCGACUGGCAGGGCCCGCAAGAGGACCGAGUGCUCUCACAGUUCCGGCGCUCGACGAGCAGUUAGAAUGGCAUCGUCUGCGUGGCAAUGGGACAUUUAUCCCUGCCGCGAAGUCGGCGCGAGGAGACAAGUCGGCGCGUAUUGAGUUAUUGCGAAAAGCCAUUGAAGCCUUCAAGCCCGAUCCACAACUCGCUGUGCAUCCAUAA